AUGGCUAAAGAGUUAGGAAAAAAUGGCAACUUCAAUAACAUAUUCAACCCUGCUCCUCCCUUGGGGAUAGAGUCCACACCCUCUCAAAGGCUCGUGACUUACGCAACUAGAAAUUUGGCAAUGCUGAAUAUAAUGGAGGCAUUGAGUGACGACAGGAUCAACUUCAUUGGAAUACAUGGUAUUGGGGAUGUUGGAAAGACAACAUUGGUAACAAAAAUUGGCAAAAAAGCUAAAUCAGAGAAACUUUUUGAUGAAGUUGUGAUGGUUGUUGUGUCUAAGAACCCAGACAUUAAAAGGAUUCAAGAUCAAAUAGCUUGCAUGUUGGGUUUCACCAGAUUAAUUGAUCAACCAAAUGAGAUUGAAAGAGCAAACUUGUGUGCAAGACUCAAGGAUGUGAAGAAGAUCCUUGUUAUAUUGGAUGAUGUUUGGGCCAAACUUAAUUUAGCAGUCGUGGGUAUUCCAUUUGGCGAUGAUCACCAGGAUUCAUGGGAUUUGUUCAGAAAGAAUGCUGGCAAUGUCGUUGACUCUAACGUGGUGAAUGCUAUCGCUAAUGAGGUUUGUAAAGAAUGUGGAGGUCUGCCUAUAGCACUUGUUACAGUUGGUAGUGCAAUGAAAGGUAAAGAUGACCCUGAUUUAUGGAACAAGGCAGCUUGGAAUUGA